GAAACAAAAUCCUCAGCGUCGCGGUUGCCACAGCAACGUCUACGGGCUUCCUCGGCCACUCGGUCGCCAGCCCAGAGGGGCAGCUGGGCACCUUGGACGGAGGAGCCAGGUGUCGUGCCGGCGUGGGGCUGGUGCACUGACGCAGCUCCUGGCCCGGCCCGGGUCCCGGCCGGAGACUCACCUGGCCGCCAAGCCCUGGCUUUCUCGGAGUCCUGCCCUCCCACUCGAGAUGAGCUCUCCCUCCAGCGAGCCUGGCCAUGGGAGUGCCACCGCAGAGCAGUCCCCACUGGGGCUGGACACCGUGAUCCAGAGGCUGGAGGACACCAUCUUGAGUCCCAUGGCCAGCAGAGAAGACCGGGCACUGACCGUGCGUGGGGAAGCCUGGCCGGCUUUGCCCACCCCUGUGCCCGCCCGAAUCCGUGAGAUCGUAGCUGGCAGCCUGAGGGACGAACCACACCGAGGGCUGCAGGAGCCGCCGGCCGUGUCAGCAGGGGUGCAGGAGGAGAACGAGCGUCUGCAGGAGGAGCUGUCCAGGCUGGGGGAGCUGCUGGCCCAGGCAGACGCAGAGCAGGACGAACUGGCCGGCAGGUACCACGCGGUCAGUGCGCGGCUACAGGCCCGUCUGGAGACCACCGAGGCUCGGCUGCGGAGGUCGGAGCUGGAGCACAGCGCGGACCUGGAGGAGGCCCUGGGCCGUUUGGAGGCCGCUGAGCAGAGGAGCACGGGGCUCUCCCAGGUGAACACCCUUCUGCGGGAACAGCUGGGGCACAUGAAGAAGGCCAACGACAGGCUGGCCAAGGAGCUGGCCAGGACGACGGACGGCGUACUCCAUCUUCGGAGCCAGCUGGAGCUGAGGGAGGCGCGACGCCGGGCAGAGACACAGAUCCGGCGCACACGCUCGGGGGAGUCCCAGGACUUCCUCCUCCUGUGGAGACAGGUCACCGCACUCCGCGUACAGCUGGCCGAGCUGCGCACAACCGCAGAGAGGGCUCUCACCGACAUGCGCGCGGAGAUGGCCAGGACAGCCGGGCGCCUGCAAACGGCCUGCCUGGCCCUGGGCUCCAGGCUGCGGCUGGCGGCCAGCAGUGCGGCGGGCGCCCUGGAGCAGCGGCUGCGGGACCAGGUGCGGGAGACGCUGCAGCUGCAGGGCCGCUGGGACGCAGAGAAGGUGGCGCUCCAGGCCAGACUCUCUGAGCAGACGCUGCUGGUGGAGAAGCUCACAGAACAAAACUCGAAGAAGGAGAGAACCAUCUCUUCCCUCAAAAUGGAUGUCCAGAAACUGGAGUCCCGGCACAGCGGAGGCCAGCGGGCAGCGGACGCUUUGGAGGACCAAGUUGAAGCCCUACAGCGUGUCUUGAAGAGCAUCACAGAGGUGGCCCAGGAAGACGCAGGGUGCCCGGAGCGGGCGUGCAGCGGCGGUCCCGAAGCUCAGGAGGCACAGGGCCAAUUGCGGAGGCCCGGGAGCUCUGCGUCCCCCCACCGCGGGGUGUCCCCACUGCGGGCCCACGCCCUGGACGCCCUGCACCCCGCACUGCAGGCUGUGCACGCGGCUAUCGAGAGGUGGCGGCUGCUGGAGCAGGUGGGCGGCCUCAGUCCACAGGGGCCCCGGAGGCGAAGCAGUGGCCUGGUUUCCACCAGGCGCAGCUUUGAAACCCAGGCCGGAAGUGCCAUUACAGGGCCUGCUGGUGGCUCGCCCUGGGGCCACAGGAAGGGGGACCUGGGUGCCCCAGACGGGAGCCGGGGGUCUUUGAGAGGAAGGGUCUCCGCGUGGCCUGCCCCCAAGCCCUACAGUCCCAGGGAGGGGGUCCCCCUCUUAAGCGCAUCUUUUCCGGGGGAGUCUGUGGUCAAGGCCUACGCAGGCCAGAGUGACUCACGCCGCACCCCCUUCUCGGGGCAGGAGCUGCGCCUGCAGCUGGGGUCCUCCCAGGCGGAGGCAGCCAGGCUCCGCGAGCAGCUGUCGGAGGCCCAGCGGGAGCUGCGGGCCGCAAGGAGGCUCCUACAGGAGCGGGUGCAGGAGCAGGUGCGGGAGCCCGAGGACCUCCUGCGCGAGCUGGAGGCGCAGAGCCGCGAGGCACGGCGCUGCAGGGCGUCCAGCGAGCUCUUGCAAAGAGAGAAAAGGGCUCUGGAAACGGCGGUGGAGGAGAUGAGAGGGAAGGCGGCCUGUGCAGACGCAGAGAAGCAGAGGCUGGAAGCCGAGAACACGGAGCUGCACAGGAGCCUCCUGCUGUGGGCAGAACAAAAGGAAGAGCUGGUGCAGCAGGGCGAGCGGGGCCGCCGGGAGCUGGAGACCAGUCAAGGGCGCCUGGAGCAGCUGGAGGAGAAGGUCUCAGGGCUCAAGAAGGAGCUGGUGUCCGCCCAGGAGGCGCUGAACUCGGCCGGGCUGCAGAGGGACGUUCUGGAGAGCGAGAGGGAGGGUCUGCACAGAGCCCUGGCCCGGGCCGAGUCCAGCAACACUGACCUGGAGCUGCUGGUGACCCGGCUGAAGUCGGAGGGUGUGGAGCAAAGGGACUCCCUGGCCAAGAUGGCUGCCCUGACGGAGGGGCUGGCUCGGGACAAAGGCGCCCUGGGCCACCAGGUCCUGCAGCUGGAGCAGGAGCGGGAGCAGCUGCGGGAGCGGCAGAAGGCUCUGGAGCAGGAGCGGGCGGGUGCCCUGGAGCGGCUGGCGCGGGCGGAGCAGCGGCUGGGGCCGGUGCAGCAGGCCUGCGGGCGCCUGGAGGAGCGGCUGCAGGGGCGGGAGGCCGCCUUCGAGCGCCAGAGGGCCCGGCUGCAGGAGCAGGUGGGCCAGGUCACGUGCAAGAAGCAGGCCCUGGAGGAGCAGCUCGCCCAGAGCCUGCAGGACCGGGAGGCCCAGCGGGACACGCUGCAGAGGACCCUGCAGGAGAAGGAGGCUCUGUCUGAGGAGCGGGCCCAGCUGCUGGCCAAGCAGGAGGCCCUGGAGAGGCAGGUCCGGCUCACGGCUGAGGAGGCGGCCGAGCUCAGGGCUGAGAGGGACUCUCUGGAGAGAAGCCUCUUUGAGACCCAGCAGCUGGUGAUGCAGCUCCAGGCACAGCGGGAGCAGCUGGAGGGACAGGCCCGGAGCAUGCGGCUCGCUCGGCAGGCCCUGCAAGUGGAAAUGCAGCAGCUGAGAAGUGCCUGGGAGGUCCAGGAGACAAAGCUGCAGUGGGACGUGGGGAGGCUUCGGCGGCAGGUGGCACAGCAGGAGCGGGACUUGCAGCUGGCCCUGGAGAGCCAGGCGCUGGCCCACCACGAGGACCUGGCUCGGCUCCAGAGGGAGAAGGAGUCCCUGAGUCUGUCUCUGACAGAGGAGAAGGAAGUGGCAGCUCACCGCUUGGAACAGGAGAAGAAGCUGGUAGCAAAGAAUGCGGCCAAGAGGGAGGCUCUGAAGGAGGAAAUUCAGAGCCUAAAGCAUGAGCGGGAUGAGAGUCUCCUCCAGUUGGAAAAUGAGAUGCAAGAGGCCCUGUCACUGAAAGAAGAAGAGAGGAGGCUGCUCAGGGAAGAACUCUUCAGAGCCAUGCAGGAGCUGGGACAGGUGCGGCAGGAGGCCCAGAGCCAACAAAAGCAAGCCGAGGCCACCGUCAGCGCCACGGCUGCGGAGCUGAAGGCCCUGCAGGCCCAGUUCGAGGACGCCAUCUCGGCCCAUCAGAGAGAGGCCGCGGCUCUGAGAGACAGUCUCCUGGAGAUGGCGGCAGAGAGAAGCAACGCCGGGAGAGAAGCGGAGGGGCUGCGGGCACAGCUGGACGAGGCCCAGGAGGCACUGGCCGUGCUGCGCAGGGAGCUGCAGGGCAGCGAGGAGAGCCGCGAGGGGCUUCGCAGGGAGGCCCAGGAGGCCCGCCGGGCGCUGGGCGAGGAGGCCCGCGAGAAGGCUGUGCUGCAGAGCUCCAACACCGAGCUGCGGGCCGCUCUCCUCAGGGCAGAGCAGGACAAGGCCAGUUUUCAGAGGUCCAAGGAAGAAAGGGAACAGAAGGUGCUGGUCCUGGAGGAGGCACGAGCAGCGGCCCAGAAGGAGGCCUGUGAGCUGCGGGCCAGCCUACGGGAGGUGCAGCAGGCUCGCGCCGACGCCUGCCGGGAGCUCCAGGAGCUGGGCACACAGGUCCUGAGGCUGCGGCGGGAGCUGGAAGAGGCGGAGGCUGGAGCUGAGGCCCGUAAGCAGCAGCUGGAGGAGGGCCUCUGCCAGAGCCGGGGGGCCGAGCGGACCCUCCGGGCCGAGCUGCACAUGGUCACGGGGAAGCUGCAGCAGGCCGGGAGCGUGGCCGACGGCCUCCAGGCUCGCCUGGACGAGGCCGGCCGCCGGAUCCACAGCCUGGAAGGGGAGCUGGCCCGGGCUGGAGGUGCCAGGCGGCACGCGGAGGCCCAGCUGGGCCGGCUGUGGUCCACCCUGUGCCGUGGCCUGGGGCUGCGGGGACGAGGCCCCUCAGGCUCCCCCGAGUGGCCCGGCUUCCCCAGCACAGGCUCAGAUAGCGUCCAGAGCGCCGGCCCCCCGACCAGGUCCGGCUCACCACUCCGAUGGCCCUCACCGGCACCUGGCGACCCCUGCCCAGAUGUGGACGUGGACUCUGUGCGAGGCGCCCUGACGGACUUUGUGCAGAAGCUGCGGGUUGCCCAGAGGGAACGGGACGACUGGCACCUCCAGGUGGUGAGCCUGAGCGGCCGGCUGAGCGAGGCAGAGCGCGAGCGUGCCCAAGCCCAGAGCCGCGCGACACGGCUGCGGGAGGCACUGGCAGAGGCCGAGGAAGCCCGGCGCCAGGCGGAGAGUGAGAGGCGCAGGGCCCAGGCAGCACGUGCCCUGCAGGAGGAGGCGCUCCGGAGCCUGGAGGAGCAGCACCGGGCUGGCAGGCGGGCGGCCAGCUGGGAGAAGCGGAGGCUCCAGGACACGUUCUUCACAACUUGAAGCUUCUUGGCCGCUCUGCCUCUUACCAGCCUAGAGCUCCCGGUGCCUGUUCUGUGCCAUUUGUCCUGAGUCUGCUGUGCCUGACACGUGCAGUGGCCACCCCCCAUCCCCGGUCCCGGCCCCGCGCUCCCGCCCUGUAUGUUUUCAGUCACCGUUUAUUUCAUCCGCCUGGCCUUGGUUUCAAGCCCACCUCGGAGCGUGUGCCUUUUCCAAAGGAAUUUAUCCCACUUACAAGUUUUGCAAUAAUUUAUUUGCUCUGGUUUUCUUUGGUUGCUGCAGGAUCCUUGCUGAUUUAAUGCUUCCUCACGACUUCCAUGCCAGCCUUUUAUUUCAGGGUUAUUUGCUCCCC